AAAAAGAAAGAAAAGAAAAGAAAUAGAAAUAAACCCCCAUCUGGACAGAAACUACAGUAUAGUAAUCAAGAAAGCAGGCUCUGCAGUCCAGUCCUAGCUAGGUUGCAUCCCACUACGUGACCAGGGCAAGUCAGCUGAACAUCGCAUCUCCAAAAUGAGUGGUCAUCAAAGUACCUGACCCCUCCGAUGAGAUGCUCUGUGAGGAGUGCUUAGCACAGUGCCUGGCACGCAGUAAGCAGUUGACUCAUGUAUUCAUUCCUUAACCAUCAAGUGCACAUUUGAUGUCAGGCGCUUUUCUAGGACACUCAGCAGUGAACAAAACAGACACAAAUCCCUGCCCUCAAGGAGCUUACAUUUAAAGGGUAAAACAGUUAAUGUAAAAACAAGUGAAAUAAAUGGUCAUUAGAUGGUGAUAUGUACGAAGGAAGAAAAUGAAUCAGAGAAGGGGCAUCGGGCAAGCCCACGUUACAGGGCUAUUGCAGUUUUAAAUCAGUGUACAGAUGGAGGCUGUUGUUACUCUUAUUUGUAUAGUAGGUUUUAAUAGAAAAAGCACCUUCCAGUUUACAAGGCAGUUAUUCCUCGUGAGAAUCAAGUGAGAUGCAGGUAUUGCCAUCCCCAUUUUAUAGAUAAGGACACUGUGGCUUGAAGACAACAAUCCGACUGAAUCAGGAGUCAUGACUUUGAGGACAGAGCUAUACCUGCUAACUCCCUGUGGGAUUCGCUGUUCUGUUCCUGAAAGUCUAGAAGACAGACAAAAGAGAUGGGAAUUGGAGGGAUGUGGGCAGUGCCGAGGUGGGUCAAUGUCCAGGGAUGGAGCUGCACUGGAGAGCAGGGGCAGAGGCCUGUUUCCUGGAGCCAAGCCUGGCCAGCUUCUGCUGGUCUGGCAGAAUCAGGGUGAGUUCAGAGGUUGGCUGGACCCAGAGGCAAUCCCGAGGGCAUAGCAGGGGAGGCCGGAGACACUGUGUGAUUGAGCAAAGGGGCAGAAUCUGUCCAGAACGGAGUGAGUGUGUGGGUGGCGUUGAGACUCAGGGGAGGGCAAGAGAGGAGAGGAAGAAGUCAGCCCUGCUGACCAGAUGAGAGGGAACAGCCAGGAGGUUGGUGGGGCCGGAGCUGGCUCUGAAGGCCCUUGAAUGUCAGGCUAAAGACCUUGGCCUUGAUGUUGUCAGCAGUAGGGAGCUGUUAAAGGUUUCAGGGCAGAGAUGCAGUGUCGUGAGAAUGGGAUUUGAGGAAGGUGUAGCUAGCUCGAGGUGGAGGAGAUUCAGUGGAGGCGACUGGAGGUUGGGAGCCCACUGGGAAGCUGCCACGGCCAAGCAGAUGGGAGCUUGCCUGAUUGUCAAGCCAUCGGCCUGGACCCCAGAGCCUACCCAGCUGAGCAUGUGCAGAGGGCCCCGAGCGCGGGGCGACGCUCAGGCCAUUACAGAGACUACCCUGGAGAUGCUGAUGAAGACAGGCCUUUCCUGCUGAGCCGGGCCUGUCUGCACAGCCUGCUCAGAAAGGGGAACUGAGGCUCAUGGAUAUACAGUGAGUCCUACCUCCUAGCCUGAGGACUCUUCCCUGCGCCUUGAUGACCUGAGAGAACUGGGAGGAGAAAGGGGUUGUGACAAUGACCAGGACUCAGGGCAGAGGUGGAAACCAGAGUGCCUGAUGUGUGCAGCUGCUGACCCCCCAGGACACCUCUCUACCGGAGUCUGUGGAAGCAGAGAACUGGGAGGCCAAGGCGCUGUCCACGCCCCGAGGCCUGGGCUCAGGCCGAAGUUGCUCCACAGCACCCCCAGCUGACAGCCAGCGACUGGCAGAGCCCCCAGGCACGGGGGCCCUCUCUCUUCCAGAGAUCUCCAGUGUGACAGCCCAGGCGGCAGAGCCGAGGGUCCUGGUCCCGGCUUCUCGCACCCUCAUGUCAGCCCCGGCCCCGCCCGGCGGCCUGUGGAGGACAAGGUCAGGAUGCGUGUGAAGCCCCAGGGCCUGGUGGUGACUUCCAGUGCCGUGUGCAGCUCUCCUGACUACCUCCGGGAGCCCAAGUACUACCCCGGCGGCCCCCCCACUCCCCGGCCCCUGCUUCCCACCCGGCCCCCUGCCAGCCCACCCGACAAGGCCUUCUCCACCCACGCCUUCUCCGAGAACCCACGCCCACCCCCACGCCGGGACCCCAGCACCCGGCGCCCACCAGUCCUUGCCAAGGGGGACGACCCGCUGCCCCCACGGGCAGCCCGUCCUGUCUCACAGGCCCGCUGCCCCACACCGGCCGGAGACGGCAGCAGCUCCCGACGCUGCUGGGACAACGGGCGGGUGAACCUGCGACCAGUAGUGCAGCUGAUUGACAUCAUGAAGGACCUGACACGCCUCUCCCAGGACCUGCAGCACAGUGGUGUACACCUGGACUGUGGUGGGCUCCGACUGAGCCGCCCGCCUGCACCGCCACCCGGCGACCUACAAUACAGCUUCUUCUCCUCACCCAGUUUGGCCAACAGCAUCCGUAGCCCUGAGGAGCGGGCCACCCCACACGCCAAGUCAGAGCGGCCCAGCCACCCCCUCUACGAGCCUGAGCCUGAGCCUAGGGAUAGUCCCCAGCCUGGCCAAGGCCAUAGUCCCGGAGCCACGGCUGUGGCCACAGGUCUGCCCCCAGAGCCUGAGCCGGACAGCACUGAUUACUCAGAACUUGCUGACGCCGACAUCCUUAGUGAGCUGGCCUCCCUCACUUGCCCAGAGGCCCAGCUGCUAGAGGCCCAGGCCCUCGAGCCACCAUCUCCUGAGCCAGAGCCUCAGCUCCUGGACCCCCAGCCCCGCUUCCUGGACCCGCAGGCACUAGAGCCGCUCGGGGAAGCUCUGGAGCUGCCACCCCUGCAACCUCUUGCUGAUCCUCUGGGGCUGCCGGGCCUGGCUCUCCAGGCCCUGGACACCUUGCCUGACUCCUUGGAGUCGCAGCUGCUUGACCCCCAGGCACUCGACCCCCUGCCCAAGCUGCUUGACGUCCCAGGUCGCCGUCUGGAGCCCCAGCAGCCCCUGGGGCACUGCCCACUGGCCGAGCCCUUGCGCCUGGACUUGUGCUCACCGCACGGCCCCCCUGGGCCUGAGGGUCACCCCAAGUACGCCUUGCGGCGUACUGAUAGGCCAAAGAUCCUGUGUCGCCGGCGGAAAGCCGGACGGGGGCGCAAGGCGGACGCCGGACCCGAGGGCCGCCUACUGCCCCUGCCUAUGCCCACGGGGCUGGCAGCCGCCCUGGCCGAACCCCCACCGCCACCGCCGCCUCCACCCCCUGCCCUGCCAGGCCCAGGCCCGGUCUCAGUCCCAGAAUUGAAGCCAGAAUCUUCCCAGACCCCAGUGGUCUCUACCCGCAAAGGCAAGUGCCGAGGCGUGCGGCGCAUGGUGGUGAAGAUGGCCAAGAUCCCCGUAUCGCUCGGGCGACGGAACAAGACCACAUACAAAGUGUCUUCCUUGAGCAGCAGCCUGAGUGUGGAGGGCAAGGAGCUAGGCCUGCGUGUGUCAGCUGAGCCCACCCCGCUGCUGAAGAUGAAGAACAACGGGCGGAACGUGGUAGUGGUCUUCCCACCCGGUGAGAUGCCCAUUAUUCUUAAGCGUAAGCGCGGCCGCCCUCCUAAGAACCUGCUGCUGGGUCCUGGCAAGCCCAAGGAGCCAGCUGUGGUGGCGGCCGAGGCAGCCACUGUGGCAGCAGCCACCAUGGCCAUGCCAGAGGUGAAGAAACGACGGCGGCGGAAGCAGAAGCUGGCAUCUCCCCAGCCGUCCUAUGCGGCAGACGCCAACGACAGCAAGGCUGAGUACUCAGACGUCCUGGCCAAGCUGGCCUUCCUGAACCGCCAGAGCCAGUGCGCUGGACGGUGCUCGCCACCCCGCUGCUGGACACCCAGUGAGCCGGAGUCAGUGCACCAGGCCCCUGACACCCAGAGCAUCUCCCACUUCCUGCAUCGUGUGCAGGGCUUCCGGCGGCGUGGGGGCAAAGCAGGUGGUUUUGGUGGCCGGGGUGGGGGCCAUGCGGCCAAGUCAGCCCGAUGCUCCUUCAGUGACUUCUUUGAGGGCAUUGGCAAGAAAAAGAAGGUGGUAGCCGUGGCAGCCGCUGGGGUGGGGGGCCCUGGCCUUACCGAGUUGGGGCACCCACGCAAACGGGGCCGGGGGGAGGUAGAUGCUGUGACUGGGAAGCCAAAGCGCAAGAGACGGUCCCGGAAGAAUGGGACUCUGUUCCCAGAGCAGGUGCCCAGUGGCCCAGGCUUUGGGGAGGCAGGUGCCGAGUGGGCCGGAGAUAAGGGUGGUGGCUGGGCCCCUCACCAUGGGCACCCAGGCGGGCAAGCUGGCCGAAACUGUGGGUUUCAGGGGACCGAGGCCCGGGCCUUUGCCUCCACUGGGCUGGAGAGCGGAGCCUCAGGCCGUGGCAGCUACUACAGCACGGGCGCACCCUCAGGCCAGACCGAGCUCAGCCAGGAGCGCCAAAACCUCUUCACCGGCUACUUUCGCUCGCUGCUCGAUUCGGAUGACUCCUCCGAUCUCUUGGACUUUGCCCUCUCAGCCUCUCGCCCAGAGUCCCGGAAGGCAUCAGGCACCUAUGCAGGGCCACCCACCAGCACCCUACCUGCCCAACGGGGCCUUGCCACCUUCCCUAGCCGGGGAGCCAAGGCCAGCCCAGUGGCAGUGAGUAGUGGUGGGGCUGGGGCGGACACCUCCUUCCAGCCUGUCCUGCCCACGCGCCAGACCUUCCCACCAGGACGGGCAGCGAGCUAUGGGCUAACUCCGGCCACUUCAGACUGCCGGGCAGCCGAGACCUUCCCCAAGCUGGCUCCCCCGCCCUCAGCCGUGGCCCGCUCACCUACCACCCACCCGCCUGCCAACACCUACCUGCCCCAGUAUGGUGGCUACGGGGCUGGACAAAGCGUAUUUGCCCCGGCUAAGCCCUUUACAGGCCAGGACUGCGCUAACAGCAAGGACUGCAGCUUUGCCUAUGGCAGCGGCAACAGCCUCCCUGCCUCACCCAGCAGCGCCCACAGCGCCGGCUAUGCCCCACCGCCUACCGGGGGCCCCUGCCUGCCACCAAGCAAGGCCUCCUUCUUCAACAGCUCUGAGGGGACCCCCUUCUCUGGUUCAGCCCCCACGCCCCUGCGCUGUGACAGCCGGGCCAGCACAGUCUCGCCCGGUGGCUACAUGGUGCCCAAGGGCACCACAGCCUCUGCCACCUCUGCAGCCUCUGCCGCCUCCUCCUCCUCUUCCUCCUUCCAGCCCUCGCCCGAGAACUGUCGGCAGUUUGCGGGGGCUUCUCAGUGGCCUUUCCGGCAGGGCUAUGGAGGCCUGGACUGGGCCUCAGAGGCCUUUAGUCAGCUCUACAAUCCCAGUUUUGACUGCCACGUCAGCGAGCCGAACGUGAUCCUGGACAUCUCCAACUACACACCACAGAAGGUGAAGCAGCAGACGGCUGUGUCGGAGACCUUCUCCGAGUCAUCCUCCGACAGCACCCAGUUCAAUCAGCCGGUUGGUGGCGGUGGGUUUCGGCGUGCCAACAGCGAGGCCUCAAGUAGUGAGGGCCAGUCGAGCCUGUCCAGCCUGGAGAAACUGAUGAUGGACUGGAACGAGGCAUCAUCUGCCCCCGGCUACAACUGGAACCAGAGUGUCCUCUUUCAGAGUAGCUCCAAGCCGGGCCGUGGACGGCGGAAGAAGGUGGACCUGUUCGAGGCCUCACAUCUGGGCUUCCCCACAUCCGCCUCUGCCGCUGCCUCAGGCUACCCAUCCAAACGGAGCACUGGGCCCCGGCAGCCGCGAGGUGGACGGGGCGGUGGGGCCUGCUCAGCCAAGAAGGAGCGAGGUGGCGCAGCGGCCAAAGCCAAGUUCAUCCCCAAGCCACAGCCGGUCAACCCACUGUUCCAGGACAGUCCUGACCUAGGCCUGGACUACUAUAGCGGGGACAGCAGCAUGUCACCACUGCCCUCACAGUCGAGGGCCUUCGGCGUGGGAGAGCGAGACCCCUGUGACUUCAUAGGACCCUACUCCAUGAACCCGUCCACGCCUUCCGAUGGCACCUUCGGCCAAGGCUUCCACUGCGACUCGCCCAGCCUGGGUGCUCCCGAGCUUGAUGGCAAGCAUUUCCCACCGCUGGCCCACCCGCCCACGGUGUUUGACGCCGGCCUGCAGAAGGCAUACUCGCCCACCUGCUCACCUACACUGGGCUUCAAGGAAGAGCUGCGGCCACCGCCCACCAAGCUGGCUGCCUGCGAGCCCCUCAAGCAUGGGCUCCAGGGGGCCAGCCUGGGCCACGCAGCUGCAGCCCAGGCCCACCUGAGCUGCCGGGACCUGCCGCUGGGCCAGGCCCACUACGAUUCCCCCAGCUGCAAGGGCACAGCAUAUUGGUACCCUCCAGGCUCGGCUGCCCGCAGCCCGCCCUAUGAAGGCAAGGUGGGUACAGGGCUGCUGGCUGACUUCCUGGGCAGGACGGAGGCCGCGUGCCUCAGUGCCCCUCACCUGGCUAGCCCACCAGCCACGCCCAAGGCCGACAAGGAGCCACUGGAAAUGGCCCGGCCCCCUGGCCCACCCCGUGGCCCUGCUGCAGCUGCUGCUGGCUAUGGCUGCCCACUCCUUAGUGACUUGACCCUGUCCCCCGUGCCGAGGGACUCGCUGCUGCCCCUGCAGGACACCGCCUACAGGUACCCAGGCUUUAUGCCCCAGGCGCAUCCUGGCCUGGGUGGGGGCCCCAAGAGCGGCUUCCUGGGGCCCAUGGCGGAACCUCACCCCGAGGACACAUUCACCGUCACGUCCCUGUAGUGCCAACUGAAGUGCCGACUGGACCGCGAGGUUUUGUUCCUGGCUUUCAGAAAACCAACGCCAAGAUCCCUCCCAGCGUCCACAUCGUCCUUUGGCAGGAGCGCCUGCCCCUCUGCCUCCCACCUGCCCCCUACGCCCCUUGCAGACCCAUCUCCCUCCACCCCCUCCCGCCCAUCUCCUCCACGCAGAAGCCGAAGGUGAGCCCUUUCUGCACAAAACCAGCAAUUGUAAAUACUUUUUAAAAAUGUACAAAACUUAAAAACAAAACACAGUUUUAGAAAAAGACAAAAAAAAAAAGAGAGAGAGAGCGAGAGAGCGAGCGUGUGCAAGAGGUUGCGAGCGGGGCCCCGAGGUGUCCAGAGCCCCUGCAAGUAUGCACUGAGAAAUUUAUCUACAGGUCGUUUGACAAAAAUGAACAAUAUCCUAUUUAUUGUAUAUACUGUUUUAUUAUAAAUCGUGGAUUGUAUAUUGCAUUCUGUAAACCUGCUGUGGUCCCGUGGUGUGCAAAUUCGCAUGGUGGGGGGGAGGGAGAAGAACCUCUUGCGGGAGCUUUUUUUUUCUUUCUUAUUUUUCACUCUUUUGGGUUUUCUCUUCUGUUGUUGUUGUUGUUGUUUUCUGUUGGCAGGACACACCCAAAGAUCCAAGUUUGUAUUAAAAAGAAAUGAAAAAAAGCAAAAAAAAAAAAAAAAAAAAAAAAA